AUGUCAAUCGCACCACGUAUAAUGCUUCAUUUUUCGGUGGAAGUUGAAACAGUACGGCCAUGGGAAUAUGUAUUUGUUACAGGUUCAGUGCCAUCUUUAGGUGGAUGGAUGCCUUCCGAUGCGUUCCUUUUGUUUCCGGAUCCUGAUUCUGCCAGGAAACGUUGGAAAGGUGCAGUGGAAGUUGGGUCGGAUCCAGUAAAAUUCCGUUAUUUUAUUGGAUAUUAUUUGCAUAGUGGUAAAGAAGGAGAGAAAAAUGAAUUACUCGUUAGUAAAUGGGAAUCAUUUUUAAAUCCCAGAUCCGUUCUACCAAUUGUUGAAUCAUUUUCGGGUGUCUGCAAUUUACAUGUCACUGAUAAAUUUGGCUGGACUUCUGGCAAAAGCCUUGUGAGCGACGCAUCACUUGUGGGAAAGAAUCAGAACGAAAUUUUACUUCGCUUUCACGGGAAUCCAUUCAAAUUCUAUAAGAAACGUUAUGCUGAACGUUCUCACUGCAUUAAAGUAACACCGUUUGAUCUAAGACAUAGAGAGAUGUUCACUUACGAUUUUAAAGAACGUACUAUUUGGCGAGCAUGGUCAUAUGCCGCCGGCAGCAUAGAUGAGGAUGAUAACGAAGAGGGUCAGGAUGUGGUGGACCCAGCAUUACCGUCGUAUUCAGUGGCACAUAUUGCUAUUUUAUCAUCGGAUGAUCCACGCUACCGCGAACAAUCGCAAUCCGGUGAUCGCUUUAAAGUGGGCAGCGAUUAUUUUAUAUUCCGGACGCGAUCGGUGGCGGUGGAGUUUCUUGGUUUCCGGAUAGAAUUAUUUGCCUAUGACGAAGAGCGUGGACCGUCCGUGGAGCGUUUUGCAAUUGCUUACGCACUACCUUCAUCAUUCCAUGGUACAUUUGGUGUUGCUAGUGAACCGCUUUUGGUAAACAAUCGUCCAGUUGGACAAAUUAAUGUGGAAUAUUUGUUCAUUCGACCACUUUUGACAUCAUGUUCGGUGCAGAAAAUGGAUAUCUCCUAUGCUAAACAUUGGAAGAAGCGGCAACCUCUUGAAGUCGGUCAUAGGGGUAUGGGUAAUUCGUAUACGAAAAUGAAUGCAGGCCGUGAGAACACAAUACACUCGCUCAAUACUGCUGCAAAACGUGGCGCCGAUUAUGUUGAAUUCGAUGUUCAACUUUCAAAAGACAAAAUCGCUGUUAUAUUUCACGAUUUCCAUGUUUUGGUUGCUGUAGCAAAGCGUCGCACUCCUCGCAUCGAAGCGCAGCCCCCUGAAGCAGCUAAUGAUUAUCAUGAAAUCGCUGUGAAAGAUCUGCGGUUGAAACAGCUCCAGUUACUUCGCCUAGAGCAUUAUCAAGCGAAUCAGGCUCAGACGAAGCAGAAUUACACAAAGGUAAGUGCCGAAGCUGAUGAGCAAGAUGAACGUCUACCAUUCCCGACCCUGGUAGAUGCAUUACGUCAAGUUGAUUCAUCUGUUGGCUUCAACAUCGAAAUAAAGUAUCCAAUGAUGCAAAAGAAUGGAUUACAUGAGUGUGAAAAUUAUUUCGAGCGCAAUGAUUACAUUGAUAUCAUUCUCAAUGACGUAUUUAAUAAUGCUGGCGAUCGUCGAAUCGUGUUCUCUUCAUUUGAUCCUGACUGCUGUUCCCUAUUGGCGGCAAAGCAACAUGUGUAUCCAGUACUAUUCCUUUGCGUUGGUGUCACUACGCGUUACGAACCGUUUGUUGAUUUACGUUCGUCAACUUCUAAUGCUGCUCUUAAUUUUGCUGCUUGCAUUGAUAUACUGGGUGUGAAUUUUCAUACUGAAGAUCUGUUAAGAGAUCCAUCACCCAUACAACGUGCUCGAAAAUUUGGUUUAAUAUCGUUCGUUUGGGGUGAUGAUCUCGAUAGUAAAGAAAGUAUCGAUUACUUUAGAAAAACACUCCGCGUCGAUGGUCUCAUUUAUGACAGGAUUGGUGAAAUCGAGGCACGUAAAAACGUUUUUCUGGUGGAACGUGAAACAAAAGCAUCAUUGUUUCGGCAGAGCAAUUCGCCAGCCACAUCUCGUACCGUUUCACUUGACAAGGGAUCACCCUCACCGACUGUAUCGGAAAAUUCUCAUUCCUCAGGGUCUACUGUUUCAUCAAACAAUGCUUUUUGUUUGCAUUAUCCACAAGCUUCUUUUCCAUUUAGAAGAGCAUCGGUCGCAUUGGAAGAUGUAAAAAUGAACAAGAAUAGUAAUGAGAUAAAUGGAGAAAAUCAUUUUACGAACAAGAAUAACAAUGAGAUAAAUGAAGAAAAUCAUUUUACAUCAAAUUGUCUACAUUCUACACCAUAUUCUUAG